AUGCAGGAACUAGUGGCCAAUGUCGAGAGGUCUGUUAGCAGACUCGAAGCCACAGUUCCAGUGGAGAUUGGCGAUAUGAAGCGAUCACUGGAAGAAGUGAAAUCUACCGUUGAUGGUCACUACGACGAAUUUGAGGAACACCGGGAGGCAUCAGAGUAA